UCAAUUAAUGGGCGUCGAGUCCGGUGGUUCUUCGCGUGUUUUCAAGAAUUACUUGGGCUAUUCGGGUUUCCAUCAAUAAGAAUCCCUAAUCUAUGACACUGACUGAACUGGGAUUGCUGCGUAAUCGAGCCCGUCUAAGACAAAGAUUCUGGUUCAGAGUGUACUAUGGUGCUUCUUCACCAUCGCUUUUGGAGGAAAACUCAUUUGAUUUAGCACCAAACCAUGAAACUAAAAUUACUGCUGAAAAUUAUGCUCGAGGAGACAUUUUAUUUGUCAGUGGAAAGUGUACCCUAUUCCCCGUUGUAGUCAGAGUAUUUCAUUCAUUGAAUGUGAAGUUUGCAAGGGAAAUAAGAUUCUUAGAAGCUGUUGAGAAGUAUGGAUUUUCUCAUUCUAUCAAUGCCUUCUGCAUUAUGGUUCAUAUCUUUUCAUCAGCAGGAAUGCACAAGGAAGUACGUGAUCUUUUACGAGAGGUUGUAUGCUACUGUAAGGAAGUGAACUGGAACACAUUUGCAUUGUGUCCCACUCUACUGGAGUUAGCGGGGGCAGAAAAGUCGGUUUCUGUCUUUGAAGUUCUUAUGAUGGUUUUUACAAGCUCAUUAAUGCUUGAACAUGCUGUAGAUGUGUUUGUGCAAGCUAAGAACAUUGGACUUGAACCAAAUGUCAAAGCAUGCAAUAUCUUGCUCCAGUGUUUGGUGGAAAGAAACAAAAUAGAAUUUUUAAGAAGUUUAUUUGAGGAAAUGAAGAACUACGGUCCACGGCCUAAUGUUUUCUCUUAUACUAUUUUGAUGAAUUUUUACUGUAAAGGAGAUAUUGGGCAGGCUGUCACAGAUAUUAGCCAAGCUACUGAAAUAUUAGAAGAAAUGGAGAGGUGUGGGGUGUGCCCUACAGUUGUGACUUAUGGUACAUAUAUUCGUGGGCUCUGCAGGGUUGGGGAUGCAGAAUCCGGGCUGAAAUUCCUUCGAAUCUUGAGAGAUAGAAACCAGCCCCUCAAUAGUCAAUGUUAUAAUGCUGUUAUCCAUGGCUUUUGCCACAAAAGUAGGUUAGAUGAUGCUGAGGGGGUCUUUGAAGAAAUGAAGAGAUGUGGAGUAUCACCGGAUGCUCACAGCUACAGCAUUCUGAUUCAUGGGUUCUGUAAGAAGGGGAAUGUUACGAAAGGCAUCACUUUACUGGAGGAAAUGGUUAUCCAUAAAAUAAGGCCUUCCCUAGUUAGCUAUAGUUCUCUUUUGGGUGGUCUUUGCUUGAAUGGACAAAUGGAAGAUGCACUUAAAUUGUUCCACAAACUUGAGGCUUUGGCUUGUAAUCCUGAUCAAAUUGCUUAUAACAUCUUAAUAGCAGGAUGCUGUAAGCUUGGGGACUUCAAUUAUGUUCAUAGACUUUGGAUGGAGAUGAUCAGAAAUAAUUUCAUCCCUGAUGUUUACAACUAUACUAGCUUGGUCCAUGCUUAUUGCAUGAUGGGAUGCUUAGAGAAAGCCUUGGAACUUUUCAAACUUAUGGUGGAUGGAGGUGUACUGCCAAACACCGUUACAUGCAGUGUUAUUGUUGAUGCAUACUGCAAGAAAGGGCACAUUGAUGAAGCUUUCAGACUCUUGGAUGAAAUGCAAGAGCAGGGCAUUAUUCCCAACUUGUUUACAUUUAAUGCAAUCAUCAAUGGACUGUGCAAGGAAAGGAAAGCAGAGAGGGCUUGGGAGCUAUUCUCUUUGAUGCUGAGUAGGGGUCUUGUUCCCGAUGUUGUUAUUUAUAGUACCCUUAUAGAUGGUUUUGUCAAACAGUCAAAUUUAAAGGAGGCUUGCAAGUUAUAUGCGAGGAUGUCAAAAAGUGGGAUUGCACCAAACAGAGUCACGUACACAAGCCUUGUUAGUGGACUGUGCAAGGUUAACAGGAUCAGUGAAGCCUUGAAUUUAUUCAAGGAAAUGAAAGCAAAGGAUUUGAUGCCAGAUGGAAUUUGUUACACAGCAAUUAUUUCUGGUUUUUGUAAAAUUGGAUACAUGGGUAAGGCUUGUGUCCUUUUUAAUGAAAUGGUGCAAAAUGGUCUUUUGCCUGAUGUAGUCACUUAUACUUGUCUGGUUGAUGGGUACUGCAAAUCAAGCCGGAUGGACAUUGCGCAGCAGUGGUUUAAUGAGAUGAUAAAGCAUAAUGCCACUCCGAAUGAGGUAACAUAUACUGCACUUAUCACUGCAUACUGCAGACUUGGUUUAAAGGAUAAAGCUCAUGCAACAUAUAAUGAGAUGAAGAAGGUGGGUAUGUUGCCAGACGAUGUUACCUAUUUGGUACUUGGGUCGGAUGGUGGUAGACUAUGAAGGUUACACAGCCAAGGGAAUGAAGCAUAAACCAAGUGACUUUUUGACCUUACGGACCAAUCUUGACAGGUUCCAGGCUCACUUCCAGGACCUUAUAUGGUUGCUAUGGACUUAUUGGACUAUAUAAAGCUUGAAGAGGCAUAUAAUGAGUUGAGGAUGAAGGGUCUGGUGAAGAACAAUGUAUACCUGUUCUUUCUUUUCAGACCAACUUCC